AUGACAUCAGCGUCUCGUGUUGUUCCAAGUAUUCCAUGGAUGGACAGUUCAAAAUGGAAAGUGAAUAAACUGACGAAAGCUGAUUGUCUACUGAUUGUAUCAGACUAUACAAAAACAGUCCUGUUACUUGCAGCUAUACAAAUAUCCAUCUCAUUUUGCGUUGUAAUCAUCUCAUCUGUAAUCAUUAGGAAAACAAUAGAUCCAAUUUCCCCAAAGAAACAGUUAAUUGUUACUGUAAUAUCUGUUCUCAUUGCUUUACUGAUAGCACUAGUUAUUGCAGUUUUGAAGAUGAUCAGGGAAAGCUACCCUCUGAAUUUUGUGUUCGCCAUCUUUUAUUCUAUUUUCCUGUCUACAGCACUAGAAGUUUUGAACACAGAGUUUAGUAUUCUUCUUACUUUAGCUGCCUUUGCAAUCAGCUUGAUAACCUUCACAUGUGCAUUACUGAUUGGUGCAGCAAUCACGACUAGUUUGGCGGAUCACGCAAGAGCUAUGUUAAUAUUAUUUGGUGUUAUAUCGUUUGUAUUUCUGGGAGUCUGGAUCGCGCGCAACGUUUUGCAACUCAAGGCAGCUGUGAUGUAUGUUGAUAUUGUUGCUGAAAUAUUGUUAUUUUUUAUUACAAUAUUUGUAAGUCAUUUGACUGUUGGAAAAUCACGAUAUCUUUUCUUCUAUCCGAACUAUGCUUUGGCAUCAAUAUUCUUAUACACGGUGUUUUUCGCUAAUCUAUCAAUCAAUAUUGAUAUAUUUGACAGCAUUUGUAAUGCAAGUUCAAUUCUCAAGUGCAAAUGGACAUACUAA